AUGUCGACCCAACGGAAACUAGCACACCAUGCGGAGGAGCGCAUUGAGCGGUUGCGGUCGGUGAUAUUGAAGUCCAUUUUUGUGGGAGGCAUGUAUGGAGCCCUGGUGUCGAUUCCAACCGAGUUGAUGCUGCGGUGGAGAUCACCUUUCUACAGAGCUUUUGGACUGCGCAUCAGAAUCUUCUAUCACACCAUCUGGAUUGCUGCUGGUGCUUCUUUUAGAACAGAGAGAGCCGUUAUAGAGUUUGAGAACGUUGUUCGCCGCGAGGAGGAAAUCCGCCGGCAGAAUCUGCUCGAAGAGAGCGUUCUCAGCGGUAGCUAUACCACGGAACAGGAGGGAGUUCACCGUUCUAAAUAA